ACGUCAACCUAAAAUCCGUAAAGGCAUACGGAUCGUUCUUAUUUUUGGUCCACUGUCAAGUCUAAUCCCUUGGCUUCUGAGACUAUCGUAUACCUCUCACGUAAAUUCCUCAGCUUUUACGUCUCAAACUUUCCAAACAUUUGUUACCAAAAAAAGAAAACUUUCCAAACAUUUGGGGCUUUCAAUCUCCCUGUCAAUUCGAUCGCGUUCCAUCGCAAUUAGGGUUUCCCGAUCGCAGAACCUCACAAUGCCGCCGUUCUGGUCGAGUACGACCUCGAAGGCGGUGGGGUCCUUGCUCUCUCGCAGAAUCGGUCCCAGGCAUCUGGUCCGGUCCAGCCGGAAAUUGGACCCGAUUCGAUGCUUUAGUAGCAUUGUGGGCAUAGAAACCCCGUCAUCAUCGGUCCACAAAUGGACCACCGAUUCCCAGAUGGAUUUCAAUUACAGGUCACGGAGGCAAUUUCUCGGCUGCGGCGACGGCGAAGAAGGCGGUGUGUUAUCCAAAGUUUAUGAGGAGAGGCGCGUAAUGGGGUAUUCUCCGGAGCAGUUAUACAAUGUGGUUGCUGCGGUAGACUUGUAUCAUGGUUUCGUUCCCUGGUGUCAGCGGUCUGACAUAAUUAAAGCCUAUCCGGAUGGAUCAUUUGAUGCUGAGCUCGAGAUUGGGUUUAAAUUUCUUGUUGAAAGUUACACUUCCCAUGUCGAAUUAGAGAGACCAAAGCGUAUAAAGUCAACUGUAUCAAAUAGUUCCCUUUUCGAUCAUCUCAUAAACAUCUGGGAAUUCAAUCCGGGGCCAGUUCCAGGAUCUUGCAGCCUUUAUUUCUUGGUGGAUUUUAAAUUCCAGUCGCCACUUUACCGACAGGUGGCAUCGGUAUUCUUCAAGGAGGUGGUCUCUAAGCUUGUUGGUUCAUUUAAUGAGCGAUGUCGUUUGAUAUAUGGACCAGGAGUUCGAGUACUUGAAAACUCAUAUGGACAAAGGGCAUGAGGUUUGACAUUUUCCCCAUUAAACAAAGCGUUUAUGAGCUUCUGUGUAAUGCAGUCCGCAAUAUGAUUGAAUUCAGUAUGAUAGUCCCCCAUGCCCAGAGGCUCAUUAUUUUUUUAUCAUAGUCAGUGCUUAAGCCACCGGGAGGCAGAGGGUUUCUUCUGUUAUAACACAAUUUAUGCUUAAUAGAUUUUUUAUGUCUUCCGUACAUGUGCUCACUAGAAUGAAGUUUAACACCACAGCAGCAUCUCUAGACCGGUUUUCAGUUCAGUAGGACUGCAAUUGCAAUCUUAAAUCGGUUCCGAUGUAUCGACGUUAUUGUUUCCUUGGCUAAUGAUAAAAACACGAUCAAGUUUCUGUCA